GACGAGAGUAUAUGGAGUGUAUCUCGACGGGGAGACUCCGCCUCGUAUUGGUGGUGUCGAGUUGCUGCUGCCGAUUCAGGUGAUGCUUAUGAAGUAUUUGAGUCAAUGUCUCACAGAAAUUCAAGCUUAUUUAGUUCAGCAAGUAUGUGCUCAUAAUUAAAGGAUCUCAAUUAAAGGUCUGAUAUCAGAGUGGACUUUACAGACCUACUGGUCAUCUCUCAAUGAAUGUGAACAUGUUCUUGCAUCAUAAAUUAGUGCGUUAUACAAAUUUAUUAGUGCAGAUCUCUUAAUUCAAUGGUGUUGUGCUCGUUUACCCAAAUAUAUUAUAUGGGAAUUUGAGUUUUAUAUUUCAUUGUUUCUUGUGUAAGAUGCCAAUUUUACUGAGUGGAUUCUCAAAGUGGAGAGUACAAAACUAAAAAAUGGAAGACAAAAAUCUCAAUUAAACCAAAUAACUUGAUUUUUGUAAGACGGAUUGAAUUGUUUAGUGUAUGAAUGCGCUGUUCUUCUCUUGAAGUUUGGAUAAUUUCAAAUCUGUCGGUGAAAAUUUGAAACUGCAGAGUGGGCUUUAUAAAGCUACUCCUCAUCUUUCAAUCUGUCUAUAAUGAGUAGUAUCUCAUCUAUUCUCUGCUAACUUAUUUUCAAUUCAGUAUUGUUUCUUAGAUACAAGCUUCUUCGUACUUUUUUUGGUUUAUCAGUUUCAUAUUUUUUUUCAUAAUGGAUUCGGAAGGGGUUCUUGUUAGUGGUCUGACUGAAAUCGUGAAGAAAUUGCCGGUUAUUUCUCAACACAUUAGUCCGGCAUGGGGUGUUACAGAUGAUCUAAGGAAACUUUUGAAAACCUUGGAGUCAAUACAAGCUUUAAUUUCUGAUGCUGAGGAGAAACAAAUUAACAAUGCUACCGUAGGAAUUUGGUUAAGAAGGCUCAAAGACGUUGUUUAUGAUGUAGAUGAUGUUAUGGAUGAAAUCUGUUAUGAAACCAUGCGUCAUUCCGAAAGAGAAAAUAACCUCAAGCUCAAGGUACGCAACUUUAUCAGUAAAUCCUCCAAUCCACUAGUGUUUCACUUUAAGAUGGUUAUUAAAAUCCGAGGUAUAAAAAAAGACUUGGAUGAAAUUUACAAUGAUCAAGUCAGAUAUUCCUUGAAUGCUACUGGUACUUCUCAAGUCGAUCAAACUAGAGAGCAACGUAAUCGGCUAACUACAUCUGUUAUAGAUGAUUCUGUGUUUAUCGGCAGGGAGAACGCAAUAUCAGACAUAGUAAAGACGCUGACCAACAAAUUGUUUUCUUCAGUGUCUCCGUCAUUAACAUCGUCUGACAAUUCUUCUUUUCAAAAGCAACUUUCGGUCGUGUCCAUUAUGGGUAUGGGGGGUCUGGGUAAGACUUCGUUAGCUCAGAUGGUAUACCAGGACAAGUCAAUAGAAACACACUUCAAACAAAAAAUGUGGGUUUGUGUGUCUGACAAGUUUGAUGUCUAUAGGAUCUUAAAAGAAAUCUUAGAGUCCAUUACUGGUGUUUCAUGUGGAGAUCAUUCAAAUGUUGAUGUGCUGGCGAGACAAGUCAAGAAAAAACUAAUGGGUAAGAAUUACCUGUUAGUAUUGGAUGAUCUAUGGAAUGGAGAUGCUAAAGCUUGGGAAAAACUGAAGGAAGUCCUUGUCAAUGGUGGUGAAGGCAGCAAAUUAUUAGUCACCACACGCAGCCAAAAAGUUGCAUCGAUCGUUGGCGGUAAGGUGCACAAUUUACAAAAAUUAACAGAUGAUGCUUGUUGGUCUAUCAUGCAGAAAAAAAAUUCAUUUCCAGGUGGAGCAGCACUCACAAAAAAUAUGUCUAAUAUUGGGCGGGGCAUAGCGAAGAAAUGCGACGGCUUACCACUUGCUGCAAACUUUCUUGGAAGUUUAUUAUACUUAAACAGAGACGAAAGCUACUGGAAUUCAAUCAAUAACGAUAAUAACUUGUGGUUUCAACCGGAAAAUAAAAGAGUCAUAUCAAUCUUGAAACUAAGCUAUGAUAAUUUAUCUUCACCUUUGAAACAAUGUUUUUCUUAUUGUUCUUUAUUUCCCAAAGACUGGGAAAUUGAAAGAGCAAUAUUGAUUCGAAUGUGGAUGGCGGAGGGAUUCAUUCAUCUACCUGCAGAUGAGGUAAAUAAUAGAUCUUUAGAAGAUAUAGGAAAUGAUUAUUUUGAGUUUUUGUUGCGGAACUCAUUCUUUCAGGAUGUAAAGAAGGACGAAAUUGGUGUCAUCCUCAGGUGUAAGAUGCAUACUCUCGUGCAUGAUCUUGCAAUGAGUGUUGUAGAUCGUAAUGAAUUUGGGUUUGACGGGAAGGAAGUGGUUUCUCUAGUUCGUCGUAUACAAUUGGUAUUUGACAUUGGAUCGUCGACAACAAAUGCCGAAGUGUUGUCUGAGGCAAAAAAGUUGCGAUCAGUUAUUGUGCUUCAUCCAGAGUAUUGUUCCCAAGUCAGUAGUUUUUCUUCAGUUGAGCGGUUACGCACAUUGUAUCCUCUCGGUGGCUGGUAUGCAAAAAUUUCCUUCUCGAUUCCUAAAUUUAAACAUUUGAGGUUCUUGGACCUCUCAAAUUGUGAAUUUGAUUUAGCACCUGAUGUGUCAUUAAGUCAUUCUCACAAUUUGCAGACAUUGAUUCUGCAUAGAUGCAAAAAUGUUUCUGGGUUUCUUCGUGAAACUGGGGCUUUGAGAAAUUUGAGGCAUCUCGAUGUCUCAAAAUCUGAUAUUGAAGCUCUACCUAAUGAUUUUAUUGUUAGCCUCACUAAUUUGCAGACGUUGGAUCUUUAUGAGUGUAUUCAGUUUGAAGCCUUACCUGAACAAAUUAGUUUUUUGAAACAUCUACGUCACCUGAACCUUGCAUAUUCAUCAAUUACUCAAAUACAUAGUUCCAUCUCUUGCAUUACCAAUUUAAUGGCGUUGAAUUUUGAGUAUUGUUGGAACUUAGAUGCCUUACCUAGAGAACUAGGAGCUUUGACACGAUUAAGGUGCCUUGAUUUGUCAUAUACUAAGAUCAAAGUAUUGCCAGAAUCUUGCAUUAGCAACCUCUGUAAUUUGGAGAUAGUUGAUUUCGGAUUUAAUUGUGGGCUUCCCAGAGAAAUUAAGAAUUGGCGGAAAUUAAGGCGGUUUACACACCACAGAGAAGGAGAUAAUAUGCCUAGAGGUAUGGAAAAGCUAACUUGUCUGGAAACAUUGUGCUCAUACAUGGUAAGGAAAGAAGCAGAUGUUCAUAGUGGGAUAAAAGAGUUAGCAGUGCUCAACUCCCUUCAGGUGUUGUACAUAGAAAGGUUACAGAAUGUUAGAGGAGGAAGAGAAGAUGCAGAGAGAGCAAAGUUAAAGGAUAAGAAAAAUUUGAAGGAAUUAUAUUUAACUUGGAGCUCAGAUGAAGAUGUUGAAGAUGAUGAUAUGGUUUUUGAGGGUCUUCGUCCUCACUCCAAUUUGAGAAAGCUGGAAAUACGUGGUUUCUCGGGUUUAAAUCUUCCGAAGUGGAUGGGUUCAUCGUCUAAUUGCCUGCUUCUGGUCUCAUUAUCCCUACAGAAUUGCAACAGCUGUGAGAAUCUUCCGGCUCUAGGUAUGCUCCAAAGUCUUAAGACUCUUUUGAUUCAGAAAAUGAAGUCAGUCAAGUUUUUGGGUAGAGAAUUUUAUUACCAGCAACAACAAGAAGAAGAAGAAAGUAGGAGUACCCAGAACUCUGCAACUACAGCAUCAUCAUUAUUCCCUUGUUUAGUUGAGUUAAUAAUCAAUAACAUGGAAAAUCUGGAAGAAUGGGUUGCUCCUCCUCCUUCAUCUAAUUUUUGUGCUAAUUCUUUCCCUCUCCUUGAGUCGCUAUACAUGCAGGAUUGUCCAAAACUGAGAAGCGCACCAAAUUCAUUCUCUUCUCUUAAGGAAUUGAGAUUAAUGGAAACCAACGGCAAGGCAGUAAACUCAAUCUUAUCUGCAGGAGGUUGUCUGACCUUUCUCACAUCCAUUGAUAUAUCAGAAUCUCCAGAGCUAAUAUAUUUCCCUCUGGGCGUACUACUUCAAAACAAUACUCCCAAUCUUCAUUCGCUAACGAUCAGUAAUUGCUCCGACUUUCAAGGUUUUCGUGAUGAUAUUCAUGUAAGCGACAGCAGCAGCAGCAGAAGCAGCAGUUCUCUCCAUGUGUUGGCAUUAAUAAGUUGCCCUGUUUUAACAUCUCUACCGGAUUUACGAUUUUGGACUUCUCUCCGGAGAUUAAGCAUAUGUGAGUGCCACAAAUUGAAGGAGUCUAUACCCUAUGAUCUCAACACAUUAGUCUCCUUUCUUGAUUUGCUCGAAGUCGAUUUUAUUGAAAGAGAAGAUGAGGAGAGCGACGAGGAGAGCAGCUAGGAGAUUCAGAUGAUUGAGGAAUCGUCUUAAUAAAUUUUGCUAGCUGAAACUCAUUCUUGUCUUCUGGUACCACCUCAUCCAGUUACUGUCAACAGGAAGAGGUGAUGGAAGCAUUGAUAUUCAAAUGGGUAACAAUGUGCGCUGUACUGCAUUGAUAUGCUGUUACAACAAACAAAACAAAUUUGAUACCAUGAAGACCAAUUUUUCCCAUAUUACACUGUUAUGUUAAAAGUUGUCACUUAAUAUGACACGAGAUGGAUACUUAUCAUGAGAUGAGUAGGUCCGCUAAAGUAAUAGUUUCAAAGGACUUCAGCAAA